UUUCCAAGACAACUAAUGAGUAGUCUGUAUUAUGUGGAGUUUUGAGGUCGACUCGCUAAUCUACAUAAAGUCGCGACAGGUGCAACGACGCCUAUAUUAGGUAUGUGCAUUUCCAAAUGACUACCCACGGACGCCCGCUCGCGCUCACCGAGCCAAGUAUGUUUACACAGAUAGGCCUAAUAUUUCCGAGUCGCUCAUUUGACUAGCUACCCCGAACAUGUUUCCUCAUAUUGUAACAGUAUUCAAAUACUGACUUACCCAAAGCCGAGAGCAAAGGAGCGGAGUUGAAGCAAAGUAGUAUCACAACCUAAAGAUCAAGAGUUUGUUUGGAGGAGCGCGCUCUAUGACCUUGCUCCAGGGGAUCUGCCUGCGCUCGCCUUUCACCGGCAAGAUCACGCUUUAACCACGACUGUAUGAGCGACAUGGUUCCCAGUGGUCUCAUGUCCAUGGCAGUUGACCUCCUACAUUCCUGUUGAUUCCCGAGGUCUCCUCUGACCUCCCAUUGCUGCCCACCGGUCCUAGCCAUGGACCCCUACCAGGAGCCACAACUGGGUUUCCAGCCCCCCCUUGACGAGGGCGCCCCAGACCUGGAAUGUGCCAUCUGCUUCAGCCAGUUCAACAAUGUCUUCCGCACCCCCAAGAUGCUCCAGUGCAAUCACACCUUCUGCCUGGAGUGCCUGGCCCGUAUGAAUGUCAAGUCAGCCAAGCCGGACUCCAUCCAGUGCCCGUUGUGCCGGGGCCACACACCGCUACCCGACCUGGGUUUGCCCAAGCUGACCACGGACCGAGCCGUGCUCUCUUACCUCCCCGCGGCCAUGCAGCGAGUCUACAGCAUCCGCUUCAACCGCAACAAGGGCAAGCUGCAGGUGAAGAGGACCACCGACGCACCCCCCCCUCUGAACUCGCUGCGUUCUAUUAGUCACUCUCUGGAUGUGGGGCUGCCUAGCCCCGCAGGAGACAGCGGGGACGUAGAGGGGGGGCGGAGGCGAAGGCUCGGGGCACUGCUGAGACUGUGUCGUAGACCAGGAUGCAGAGCCUCCCUCCUGGUGUCAGUGGUGAUGAUGAUGGUGGUGCUUACUUGUGUCAUCAUCUUCCUCCUCGCAUAUAAACAGCUAUAACAACAUCAUCCGACUGGAGCUAAGAAAGUGGACGCUCACUGCAGUGCAGUGAGCGUCCAUGGACCUCGGAGAGAGACGUUAUUGUUACCCAGCUUCUACCAUCUACUGUAGCAGUUUUCAGUACCUUUUUUUUAACAUUUUAUUUAUUUUUAUAAAGUGUAUCUAUUUCUUAGCAGUUGUUGUGUGUCUGUAUGCUGAAUUUGUGUACAACUAUAAUGCACGUCGUACAAGAGAACCACAUUUCCCUCUGUGGUUUUUUGUUUAUAGACAGACGGUCAUGUGAUACAUGUCCAUAAUAUAAUAACCCUGCUGUCCUCUCCAGGUUUCCAGCCACAGUAAACGCACUCCACCUACUUCAAUGCAAAUCAAUAGCGUCUGGCUAUGCAAAUACACAGUUACCUUUGAGUAAGACACUGCGGUGUCACUGUGUGAAACAGUCAGGGCUAGGAGAUUGGAGAUACUCUUGAGGUCACGGUUGGGGGGAGGUGUUUCAACGUGGCAAGAGGUUGAAGAUUGAAAUGUGGAAUUAGUAUGUUUGCUUAUACCAAUUACCCAUAUAUAUAUUUUUACUUGGUCUCUUUUUUUUUUUAAGGAAAAAGCCAUCUUGGUUGCAUGGAUAUUAUCCAGCUGUUAGAGACGUAGAAUCAAACAGGCAGAUCAACAAAUACUGUCGGCUCACAAUUGUCACAUUUUUCUACAGUUUACGCUUUCACACACAUCAAGGUUUUAGGAUUGUCUUUUUUUUAUCAUAUUGAAAAUAAACCAUAUUUUAUAUGUCACAUACUUUUGGCUAUACAUUUGUCAAAUGUUGCUCUGGCAAAUUAUUUGCAUUUCCUAAACUUGAAAUAAAGUCGACAUUGAUUUGGCGCCCAUUGUGUUUGUCGAUCAUAGUACAUAUGUGAAGUUUCGUUGAUGUUAGAUGUGUCAGGGAGAUUUGGUUGUAUAAUAUAUUCACUGUGAUAACAAUGAAGUAGCACUUCUAAGGGAUAGUAAUUACCGAGUGUCAGAUUGGUCUUUCUCUGUGGUCUCCACCAGAUGGAGUCACAGCGUUGAACAGUGGACUGAUGUGUUCCACUCUAGCGGAUGCAUGUCACAUGUGUCAUGGAAAAGUACAGAGCCUCAAACAAAGUUGUGCUCAUCUGGCUACUGACUGACCAGUUCACUGGCUGCCAAAUGAGCAAGUAAGGUCAAUGAAAACAAUGACUUAAACCGCAGCGGCUUGAUAUUAAGAUUUGUAAUGGGAACCUAAGAGAUUGAGAAAUAUCUGGGGGAGGGAGGGGUCAGAGGAAGCAUGACAAAGCAGGAAGUGUAAAUCAGUGGAUUUGGGUUUUUGUAAUACAGGAAGUUGGCCCUCGCAUGGGAAUAUCCAGUUAUCAAUCGACCCAAGUAAAAAAAAAAAAAAAAUGAACUCGAGACUCUCCCUUCAAUGAAUCGAAAAAGAGCAAAGUCCACACGGUCUGUGCUGUGAAAUAAAGGAAAAUAUAUUCCAUCUGACGGUUAGCUGUUCCUCCUCUAUUCCAUCUGACGGUUAGCUGUUCCUCCUCUAUUCCAUCUGACGGUUAGCUGUUCCUCCUCUAUUCCAUCUGACCGUUAGCUGUUCCUCCUCUAUUCCAUCUGACCGUUAGCUGUUCCUCCUCUAUUCCAUCUGACCGUUAGCUGUUCCUCCUCUAUUCCAUCUGACCGUUAGCUGUUCCUCCUCUAUUCCAUCUGACCGUUAGCUGUUCCUCCUCUAUUCCAUCUGACCGUUAGCUGUUCCUCCUCUAUUCCAUCUGACGGUUAGCUGUUCCUCCUCUAUUCCAUCUGACGGUUAGCUGUUCCUCCUCUAUUCCAUCUGACGGUUAGCUGUUCCUCCUCUAUUCCAUCUGACGGUUAGCUGUUCCUCCUCUAUUCCAUCUGACGGUUAGCUGUUCCUCCUCUAUUCCAUCUGACGGUUAGCUGUUCCUCCUCUAUUCCAUCUGACGGUUAGCUGUUCCUCCUCUAUUCCAUCUGACCGUUAGCUGUUCCUCCUCUAUUCCAUCUGACCGUUAGCUGUUCCUCCUCUAUUCCAUCUGACCGUUAGCUGUUCCUCCUCUAUUCCAUCUGACCGUUAGCUGUUCCUCCUCUAUUCCAUCUGACCGUUAGAUGUUCCUCCUCUAUUCCAUCUGACGGUUAGCUGUUCCUCCUCUAUUCCAUCUGACCGUUAGAUGUUCCUCCUCUAUUCCAUCUGACCGUUAGCUGUUCCUCCUCUAUUCCAUCUGAC